UUCCGUGAUACCGCAUUUUGAUCUUCAUUAUAGUGAUAUAUUCUCAAAAUAAUUCUACUCAUUCAUAAUACAUUCUCACUAAUCAAUGGCCAUUUGCUCAAUAUGAAUAUUGCAAAUAGUCAUCAAUCAUCAGUCGUUACAAAUCAUGGAUCUAUUGAUACAACGAUUGAUCGUCAAUCGGAUGAUGUUUUCAAAGAUGGUGAUAACAAAAACAAGAGCAUAGAAAAAUUGGAAACCGAAUCGAUGAUGUGUAGACCGCAAACACCGAUGCAACAAUCAUGGCUUCUUAGGCUUUUCGAAUCUAAAUUAUUCAACAUGAAUAUUGCCAUCACUUAUCUAUUCAAUUCGAAAGAAUCCGGUGUAUUGUCCUACUUGGGUAAUCGAAUGUUUACAUUUCCGGCAGAUGAUGUAGAUUUUUUUCUCCCACAAUUAAUUGUUUUAUAUAUUCACAAUAACAACAUCGCUGAUGCUAUACAUCCAUAUCUAAUACAUCGAUGUCGUCAGAGUGUUUAUGCAUCAACUAAAUGUAUUUGGCUUUUGAAUGCAUUUUGUCCGGAAACACAAUCAUCAACAAUAACACUGAUGUUACAUUCCCGUAGGAAUAAAUCCUUAGGACAUAGAUUACGAAAAUCGAUUCUCAACGAAGAAUUCCGAUUAUCAACUGCUGAUUUUAACCAAUCAAACGACAUGACCAAUAGUAAUUAUAUGAAUCAUUCCUCCAAUAAAGCGAAAAUUAGCCACAAUCAUCAUCGUACACAUUACCGAUCAUUCAGUGACGCAAUGACCAAAUCACAAUUAUCCGGUAUCAAUCUUAGCCAAACCGAAGCCAUAAUCGGCUGCAUUCACCAUCAGCAAAAAAAGAAUCGUUUUUUACGUAUUCCAUCUACUACAAACGGAAUGUUGAGAAAUUUGAAUCAAAGUGAGAAAACAUUUCCAAGUUGCCUUUGUGCGGCUCCCAGAAUUAAACCCGAAUAUGAAUUUAUACGUUGUUUAAUGAACAUUGGUUUGAAAAUGCAAUCUGUUCCUAGCAAAGAAAUAAAAUCCCAACUUUUGAUUAGUGAAUUAUCUAGUUUAAACAUUCAACUACCUGCUCGUGUUUGGAUACCUACAUAUACAAAGCACUCGCAUAUGAUCGUAAGAAUACCGCCGCAUGCUGCUGUCCUGUUGAAUUCCAAAGAUAAAGCACCAUAUUUGAUUUAUUUCGAAAUAUGUGAAUGUGAUGACAUAGAAAAAUCGCCAGUACCAGUGAAACAAGCACUAACAAAUAGCAGAAGUAGCCUUAAUGGCAGCAGUAGUAGCAUCAAUUUUUUAAUGAUGACCAACAAUAAUCAUGAUGGUAAUUUUGAUUCAAACCAGAAACAACAAUGUAUAUUACAAUCACAAUCAUUCUCGCAAAAUUAUUCGGCAUCUAUUAUUCGACAGACAAAAUCCGAAGAGAAUCUUAUCGAAUUUGCUAUGAAGCAUGGAAAAGAGACAAUCAAAGAUAAUCUUGAUGAAAAAAUUCCGAUUCCAUGUGAAGAUUCUAACAGCAACAAAAGCAACACUGUUAUUGUAAUCGGUGCAGAUGAUGAUGAAGAAGAAAUGCUGAUGGCUAAACAAUAUGGCGCGUUUAAUGUGUUACGUCGGCUACCAAAUCAGCGACAAGCCAAUGACAAUCUAUCACAGUUUUCUACUGAUUCUACGACAAGCAAUGAAGGCAUAUUGAUAGCUGCUGGUGAUAUUCGCCGUCGUUUGAACGAAUCAAUUGCUUCAAAGGAUAAUAAUUUCAAUAAAUUUUGUCCUGAAGAUCCAUCUGCUGCAGCAUUGAAGGAGCCAUGGGACGAAAAAGUAUCGAGAAUUCGUGAAUCAUCUCCAUAUGGCCAUAUCAAAUCCUGGCAUCUUGUUGCUGCCAUUAUUAAAUGUGGUGACGAUUUACGACAAGAAAUGAUGGUCUAUCAGAUAUUGGAAACAUUAAAAUCAAUAUGGGAACAGGAACAUGUUCCAUUAUGGUUGAGGCCUUAUGCUAUUCUCUCUACAUCACCUGAUAGUGGCAUAAUUGAACCGAUCCUGAAUUCGGUUUCAUUACACCAAAUUAAAAAACAUUGUCAAAUUUCAUUACUCGAAUAUUUUGUCAGAGAAUUCGGCGAUGGUUCGAUGAGCUCCGAAUUAUUUCUAACAGCAAGAAAGAAUUUUGUACAGAGUUGUGCAGCCUAUAGUAUCGUUUCGUAUUUGAUGCAAGUGAAGGAUCGACACAAUGGCAACAUUCUUCUCGACAAUGAAGGCCAUUUGAUUCACAUAGAUUUUGGCUUCAUAUUAUCUAAUUCUCCACGAAAUUUGGGCUUUGAGAAUUCGCCGUUUAAAUUAACUCCAGAAUUCGUGGAUGUAAUGGGCGGCAAGAAAAGUGAUAUGUUCGAAUAUUUCAAAAUUCUCAUAUUACAAGGUUUAGUAGCUGCACGUAAACAUUCAGAUCGUUUGAUGACUUUGAUUGAAAUUCUCAUAACUAGUCCAUCGAUGUCGGCUUGUUUUUCGAAUACGGCAUCGAUUCUACGUUCAUUACGUGAUCGUUUUCAUAUGAACAUGACUGAAGGACAAUUGCAACAGCAUGUCGAUACCUUGGUUGAAACGAGUAUCCAUUCGAUAACGACUAAACUUUAUGAUGGUUUCCAAUAUUUUACCAAUGGUAUUUUCUGAUAAUCAUGCGGCAAUCAUCAAGGCAACCAAAAGGCCAAAAACAAAAAUUUUUCGAUUCUAUUUUUGUUAUCAGAUUAUUUACAUUGUUAAUUAUUUUCUAAAUAAAAUAUUUAUCUU